AUGGCCCCGGCGUACGGCGGCCGUGUGCUGGCCGCGAUGACCCUGCUGGGCAUCCCGGCGGCCGUGCUGGCCGUGCUGGCCGCGCAGCUGCUGUUCCAGCUGCAGGCGGGGCGCGCAGAGCUGCGGGGACCGCGCGCCGCGGGGCCGGGUGCGGGGCUGGGUGCGGGGCUGGGCGCGGUGCGAGGCGCUGGCCCUGGGCUGCCCGAGGACGCGGCGGGGGCGCUGCUGCCGCUGGCCGCCGCGCUGGCCGCGCUCGCCCUGGUGCUCGGUCUCACCGGCCUGCUGCUCGCCGCCCUCUGCGGACACCUGGGCGCCGAGCUGGCGCGGGGGCCUGGCCCAGGCAGGUCUGACUGGUUUUUCUACGAUUGUCGCCUCAUCAGACAUGUGGCCAUGGGGCUGUUCUGCUGUGGGAUCUGUGUCUACUUAGCAGCUCUCUCCAUCUACGCCCUGCUGCUUUUCGAGAUUGAGACAGGUGCUGCUGCAGCGUCCAUCCUUGGCUCAGGUGCCCUGGUUCUGGUGGCUGCGCUGACCCACACUUUGCUCCGGGCUGCACGAGCCACCCGCCGUGGACUGCACGAGCUGUCCCCACCAUGCUUUGAGGACGAUCCCACCCGCGCUGCUGAGGUCUCCCAGGCUGGCCCCGGGGCUCAGCCCCAGCAGGGUACCCACCACCGGAUCCUCUAUGCAUCCUGCCUGGAGCCUGAGGGUCCCCCUGCGCCCCUGGCCACUGCCAGGGCACCUGCAGCCUUGGGGGGAAGCUGGGAGAGCAGCCUGCCUGCACCCCAUAUUCCCCAGACACUGUUGGCUGGGUUGGGACUCUGGGAUGGGGUCACUCAUGAGAUGCGUACUGUGCUAGGCCACAGGUCAGGGGCCUCAGGCAAGGACUCCACGCUGGUGUGA